AUGGCUGCAAUGAAGGUAAAUGGUCAUGUCAAAGAGACGGAAACCUCGAAAUGUAACUGUUGUCCAUUUGGGUUUCACAUAGAUCUUGGAUUUGUUGAUUUUGUAGAAAACGUUGCAAAUGAAAACAGCCUUUUGACAGCUACGAACGAUGAAAAUGGCCCACGAAAAAAUUCAUUGAAGCACAUUGGUGAUCAGAAUGACACCUCCGAAAGAUGUUACCUAACUACAAAGCAAUUGAUUGAAAAGUCAUCGUUUAGCCCGUUAGAUUCUAUUUUUAGUGACUCACUGGAAAACGUAGUAAGCGACUUUGAAGAAACACUGAAUUUGCGAAAAAGCAAUUCAGAACGAGAAUCACGAGAUCUGCUAAAUAAUGCACGAAAAAAUGUACGGUGCAAUGGUUAUUUUUCAGAUUAUGGUACAACGCAAAGUAAGAAUCGGCUGUUGCCACCAAAGAUGUGUUAG